UUUUAAAGUAUUUGGUAGACUUAGUAGUUAGGGCGGUGGAAAAAGUAGCAGCGGUUUUAUUGGGCUGUUUAUGGAGAAGCCCGCAUUAAUUCUCGUAGUGACCCAUCCUGAUUCCUAGCCGAAUCCGUUACGGUUAGUUAGGGAGACACAACUAGUUCGAGUGAGUGCACCGAGUUAGAAUAUCUGAACAAAAACACAGAAACCGAACACAACGUUGCUGUUACUUUCUACUUACUUGAAAAUACUUAGUGAACAUUGCAGUUUCUUUCUCAAUUGAGAAAAAAAAAAUAGAAUGUCGAUCAUAGACAAUGACCAGAUCAUCAACGAAUCGAAAUGUUCAGAAACAGAACAACGAGAAGAGAAAAACAAUGAAGAAGAAGAAGAAGAGUUAGGGAAGCUUCUAUUCCCUGAUGUUCAGAAUCUUCCCCUCACUCCUCCCUCUGCUGUUGAAUCCAAUUUUGUUACUUACUUCGCUCUAGAUUUUACUAAACCAGCUCACGAUCAGUACAUUUACCGGCACGCCAACGGGUUGUGCGUUAUUGGCUUGGCUCCUUCCCAUGUUGCUUUUAAGGAUGAAGGUGGAAUCACAGAAGUAGAUUACAAUGUUGGAAAGUCUGAUCGCAGCGGCUUCAAGGUCUCUGGAAAGCGAAAGAAGAAUGCACAGCACUUUGAGGCCAAUACGGCAUUAUGUAAAGUUUCUACCAAAAAUGAUUCUUAUAUUGUGAGGUGUUGUGUCAAAGGUUCCCUUUUGGAAGUGAAUCAACAAUUAAUCGAGCACCCAGAAUUGCUUAAUGUUUCGGCUGACAGGGAAGGAUACAUUGCUAUUAUCAUGCCAAAACCAGGUGACUGGCUCAAGGUCAAGGCUUCCCUUGUUAGCCUUCAAGAGUACAAGAAAAUGAGGGAAGUUAGUUGAUCGAAAGCAUGUGGUGCCUUGUGAUACCUUUAACGAGACAGCGUAAGAAGCAUGGUGCAGUGCCAUAUUGAAGUGAUUGCAUGAUUUCCUUACGAUGCUUCGUUUACUAGUGUCUAGUGGGGUUACAAAAUACAAAUGCUACAAACUGAAUGAAAUUGAGAGUGUUUUUGGUGCAGCAGUUGUGAGCCCCGUCGAAACAGUGCAUGUCAAGUAGCCGAAUCAUGUUAAAUUAAUGAAAAUCUCAAACUCAUGUUUCUGGGAAACCAUUUUUUAGGAUUUUAUUUUCAAUUGAUUUGUUGUUGUAUUUUAUUAUCAUUGUUCAAAACUUGAAUCUUUUGAACAAUUCUAGUAAUAGAUGAUGGCCUUUUGGUAA